AUGAAAUACUUUUCUUAAUAAAUAGAACAGUUACAUAUAGUAUUGUUUAUUCUUUUCACAAACAAAAUAUAGUAACAGCACGCGCAGACACGCGCAUACACUGUAUUCAAUAUUUUUAUUUAUUUAAACCCAUAAUAAAAUGGGGGAAAAGAAAAUAGAAAGAAGAGAAAACAGCAGGGAUCAAACGUCUGCUUCUUCUUCUUCUUCUCUCUUCUUCCUCUCGCUUGCUCUCUCUCUAUUACGUUUCUCUUUUGUCCUCCUUCCUCUUCACUGUCUGUAUCAUUUCAUACUUACAAUCAAACCCGAAACGUCUCUUCUUCCUUCUCUCUCUUUCUAUCUAUUUUUAAGCCAGAUUUUUUUUUUCCUAGGCUCGUCUACUUGAUGAUACCCUUGUCCUCAUUCCCCACUCUCGACAAAUCCGAUAUCCCGACAAACCCAUUUCAUCCCCAUCUCCCACUUUCAGGAAAAAACUAAUCUUUCUUGUCUUUUCAAUAACGAACCGGCAUUCCCACUCGCAAAUCUAAGAGAAAGUUCUAUACUUUUUCGGUCUGAAUCUCGAGAAUUCUAAACAUUCACAGACCCACGUGCUCUCCUAUUCAAAGUGGCCUUUUGAGGAUGGAAGCAGAAACGUCUUGGACUCACUAUCCCUACAACUACAUCACAUACGUCCCUGAAGCUGACCCAUACUCUGAGCCUAGCGACGAUGAGACCAAAGACCAAACCUUUUCGAUGGACACUCUCCUCCCUGACGAUCUACUAGAAAGAAUUUUAUCCUUUCUCCCCAUCGCAAGCAUCUUCAGAGCCGGCACGGUCUGCAAGAGAUGGAACGAGAUCGUCUCAUCUCGAAGAUUCUUAUGGAACUUCUCCUCCAACAACAACAACUCUGCCUCUCAGAGGCCUUGGUACUUCAUGUUCACUACCACCGACGAACCAUCCGGUUACGCGUACGACCCGGUUAUCAAGAAAUGGUACACCUUUGAUCUCCCUUGCAUCGAGACUUCGAAUUGGUUCGUUGCUUCCUCUUGCGGAUUGGUUUGUUUCAUGGACAACGACUGUAGAAACAAGAUCUACGUCUCGAACCCCAUCACCAAGCAAUGGAGGAGGCUCAUCGAGCCGCCAGGUCACAGGUCUACGGACUACACGGCGUUGUCUACCUCCAUGAACAGAGCAAAACAGAGUUACUCUGUUUCGGUGGUGAAGUCAAAGCAAGUUCAAGGGAACUUCUUCCAGUGGGAGCUCUCUAUUCAUCUCUACAGCUCCGAAACGAUGACGUGGACGACGUCCUUAACCGACGUGUUAACCGGAUGGAGAGGAGGAGACGAGAGUGUGAUCAUCGACAACGUUCUCUACUUCUUGAUCUACUCAACAGGAGGCAACUCUGAUCAUCGACACGGCUUGAUCGCUUCUAACUUAUCCUCCACGUCAUCUUUGAUGAGUAGUUUCAUUCCGAUGCCGUGUUCUUUAACCUGCGGGAGGCUGAUGAACCUCAAGGAGAGGCUUGUGGUCGUUGGAGGGAUAGGGAAGCACGAUAGGCCAGACAUUAUCAAAGGGAUUGGGAUAUGGUGUUUGAAAGGAGGGAGAGAGUGGCAAGAGAUGGCGAGAAUGCCUCAGAGAUACUUCCAAGGGUUUGGUGAGCUGGACGAUGUGUUUGCUAGUAGUGGCAGUGAUGAUGUUGUUUACAUUCAGAGCUAUGGUUCUCCUGCGCUUUUGAUGUUUGACAUGAAGUUGAAGUGUUGGAAGUGGUCUCAGAAGUGUCCUGUCUCCAAGAAGUUCCCUCUUCAGCUCUUCACUGGGUUUAGCUUCGAGCCAAGACUCGAGAUCGCUCCUUAAGCUAUAUCACGAGUAAAUGCUUUUGUUAUUUACAGUUUGGUACUUUAUUAAUUAAAGAGACCAAUAUAUUUUUAAUUUUAAUCAAUCGAAUCCUCGUUCUUUC